AUGGAGGUGGAGAUGCUGACUGAGUAUGGCGGCGAUGGGGUGGCGGAGGAGCAGGGGUGGGAGACGCCGAGGAGGGAGGAGUGCCGCAUCCCGGUGGUGCCGCCGUGUCCACCGCCACCGCCGAGGAAGAAGGCAGCGGAGCUACUGAAGGCGGCGCGGCGGGAGCCGCCCAAGGGCGGGUACUUCCAGCCGCCGGACAUCGAGUCCCUCUUCAUGCUCGCGCCGCCGCGGAGGCAGUACAACGCCGCCUCCACCUGCGCGUGA